AUGGAUACUGUAAAUGAUACGGAUCUAGCAACAGAGUCAUCGGGAAUAAUAAAUUUAUUGAACAUCACAAAUGUCGGAGACAAAGACAAUUCAUCUCGGGAUCUCGUUCUACCUCAAGAUGAUUCCACAACGUCUGUUAUAUUCGAAGUGUUCAUUAUAACCCAAAUUGUUAUGACAGCUAUGGAGUUGGUAAUAUCGAUCGCAGCAGCUCUCAGAAUAUCUCGAUGGAGGAGAAAUUACAGGAAUCAAAUGCUAAUGCAGUUAAGUCUGGCUCUGCUCUGUUCUUACGUACUGUUAAUUAUUCUUUGCAUCAAAAGCAACACAAAGUCUUGUGAUGUGCUAGCAGGUAACAGUGUUGCGAAUGUGUUGUGA